GAUUUGGAAACUAUUUUAAAUCAAGCACGCAACUUAUUUGUGUCUCAUCUGUAGUCUAUCUACCAACUGGUUCUGCGGUGGACCUGCCAGCGACCCACCUGUCAGUGGAUCAAGUCCGGUAGAAUCAGAGAGGGAAGGGAGCGAGGAUGGACCGAGCCUCCAACCCGACUAGCCCGACUGGCACCAGCCAGACUCCGCAACCCUCCCAGCACGAACCUAUCAGCUUCGGUAUUGAUCAAAUCCUCAGCGGGACCGACCAAGAGAGCUCCCAGCAGAACACUUUACGAAACAAUCUGGAGACUGGCACCACAACAAGUGGAGCUAGCUACCACUUGGGCAGUCCAAGCGGGGCUGGCGCGGCACCCUACACUACACUGUCGGGAUCUUUUCAUGGUAUUGCCGCCCCGUAUGAAGACACAAGUUCUUACGGAGUCAACCUGACCCUUGCGCCCGGUGGAGUGAUACGGGUCCCUGCGCACAGACCUCUGGCUGCGGCAGUACCACCACCCAUGGCCAGCGCAGUGCCAGGACUGGGAAGCAUCAGUUUCCCUUGGAUGGAGAGCAGCCAGAGGUUUGCGAAGGAACGUUUUGCAGGUACAAUAUUCCUACCUGCCCUCACACCUUUCACAGUGGCACGGCGUAUAGGACAUCCAUACCAGAACCGGACGCCACCGAAGCGGAAGAAGCCCAGGACGUCCUUCUCACGGGUGCAAAUCUGUGAGCUGGAGAAACGCUUCCACAGACAGAAAUACCUGGCCAGUGCAGAACGGGCCGCUCUCGCCAAAGCCCUGAAGAUGACAGACGCACAGGUCAAGACCUGGUUCCAGAACAGAAGAACCAAGUGGAGACGACAGACGGCGGAGGAACGGGAGGCGGAGCGACAGCAGGCCAAUCGGCUGAUGAUGCAGCUCCAGCACGAGGCCUUCCAGAAGUCCCUCAGCGACUCGAUUCCGGCCGACCCGCUCUGCAUCCAUAACUCCUCCUUGUUCGCUCUCCAGAACCUGCAACCGUGGGCCUCUGACGACAGCAGCAAGCUUGGAACCGUCACUGCCCUGGUAUGAGCAAAAAGGAACCCCAGGAAUUCCGAGAACUGCUUUGCAGAUAGGCCACUGGGGUUUUUCCUGAGCAACAGAUGGACCAUUACGUCAAAUGGCUUUUGUUGCUAAAGGACCAACAGUUACCAAGCCAAACCUUUUAUUUUGACUGUUGAUCAAAGAAACUGGUUACUAAACUGCUGAAUGGGGGCACGUUGGGGAACUGGAAUCCAAGGCAGGAUCUUCAAAAGACUCCUCGCUCAUAGUGUUCAGUGAAGUGAAUCAUGGAUGUAUUCUCUCCCAGAUAACACACACGCACGCACACACGCACACCACACACGCACACACACACACACAAAAGCACAAGCCCAGCGUGGAUGCUGCCACAGAGACCUGUGGAGAGGACUAGUUCAUGCGUCCAUGUGCUGGCUCCAACCCCCAGUGUGGCAUAUUGACCGACUGACAGUUCGCAGACGCUCUUGGACCCUCCCAUAUGUGCACUACCUCCAAAGCUCUGCCCUAGUCCAAACAGAGCCCAGUACUGACAAAUGUAACAAUAUGGAGGACAUAAAAAAGAAAGAAUGGUUAUUUUUAAAAGCUUAUGUUUAUAAUAUAUGGUGUGUCUCUCUUUUUUGGAAAUUGGAACAAGAAACAGCCAAGAAGUAUGAAAUAUCUUUUAUGAAAACAAGCAAGAUCAAAACAAUUUACACAAUGUGCAUACAUACACACACAUAUAUUCAUAGUAUAUUCAGUAUUCAGUAGUUCAUUCAUAUCUGCAUAAUUGAACUCAUGUUUGUUUUGCAUCAUGUGUGUGCAUGUUGCAGACCUUACGUCUGAGAAAACAAACACACAUAUACCAUUAUUGACGAAUCAAUACCAUAAUAAACUCAAGGGCUUCAACUGAUACAAAUAUCUGGAUAAGAAGAUGUCAACAAUGCACACAGAGUGAAAAGAUAAAAAGAAGGUUCAGAGAGAAUAUGGCUACUGGUAGUGUUGCUGUUGAAAUUAAAUGUCUGAUUUGUAAGUAUUUCACAUUUAUGAACAUUGCACUAGUGUCUAUGGCUUCAAAUCCAUGCAGUGCAGAAGAAAUUAUCACAUGUAGGGGUUUCCACAUGUAAACAGUAAUAAUAGGCCUAAUUAUUGAAAUUGUCCUGUAAAAUCCCUCCA